AUGGAUUACGGUGCACCGUGGAUGCAAUCUUUGAGUUCUGCCAUUUUGAAUUAUGUUUUAGGGCCAAUAUUUUAUAGUGAUCCCAUCAGCUCUUUGUUUCAAGCAAAGCGUUUUCGAAAACAUAGACACCCUGUCAAAAAGCAAGAACUUUUGGCACAUCAACAUACUCCAACCAGCUCCUGUGUUUAA